GCUGUCUCCGUCCCCCUCCGGCCGCGUUGUUUGAAUACAGCUGCGACGUAUGAAUUUAGCAGGGUGCUUAAACAGGCCGCCGAUCUGUCACCCUGCUUCUCUUUCCUCCCCUCCGUCCAACCCCAACCUGACCUCCAGAGACGAACUCACUCAGCCCCUCAUUCAAACUCAAUCUGCUUUCAGCCCCUCUCAAAGCCUGUUUUAUGAGUCCGAGGCCUUGUCGACAGCUUUAAACCCCAUAUCCUCUCACUAAUGCUACAAUCGACUAGGUGUUAGAGGAUUAGGGUCUCUUCAUGUUGUCAUUAUGCUCCGUGUCUAAGAAGUAGAUGAUGUGGCUCAAGAUCUAAAACCCACGAGUGUGACCCUUUAGAUAUCUGGAGGUGUGUUUCUGUGUGGUGGGGUUUCUUUUGUCCCUAGUCGUCUCUUAUUUUGCUUAAAUUGAACAUAAACAUGUAUGUAGACGAGCCUGAAUGAUGUUUGUUACCUCAUGUUUUUAUCUGCAGAGGAGAGUUCAUCCCAACGUCCUCAGUAGGCAGCGAGAUUAUCGGUGAGCGGACGUCCGACAAGAAAACAUGUUGUUGCAGAAGAUGAGCGCUGACAUUCAUCAGAGCACCACAGGAAGCCAAAACCACUCCACCCAGGGAAAACACGAUUUCCCAGCUUCUGUUUACCUGCACAACACAAAGGUGACAGAGGGACACUAGCUGCUGUUUUUUUUUUCUUUCCCAUUUGGACGUAAAACAAGUUGAUAUUCCACCCAGCAGGCUGUUUGCAGAUGGACAGAAGCAUGUUUGUGUCGCUGUGGUGUGAGGAGGUGGAGGAGGACCAGAGUCAGGACCGGGGCCAGACUGAAGCCCGGGGCCACACGGUGGGCUCGUCUCAGCUGCGAGCCGCCUGGGACCCCACGGUGUCCGGGCAGCGUGUGAUCCAGAGGCUGCUCCACGUGGAGGAGAGGUACACGCCCUCCAUCCUCUACAUCACCCUCAUCCAGCGGGAGCCAGAGCGCAGGGACGAGCUCGCCAAAUGGGCCCUGGAGGUGUGCUGUGAGUGUGGCUGCGACGAGGCCGUGUUCCCCCUGUCCGUCUCUCUGAUGGACAGGUUCCUGUCUGCCUCGCUGUCUCUGCCCGUCUCGCCGUACUGCCUGGCUGCUGGCUGCAUCCUCAUCGCCUCCAAAAUCACAGAGUGCGAUAACGUCACCACCGACACCCUCUGUGCCGCAGCCGAGUACAGCUUCCAGCCCUCCAACCUGCGGGAGAUGGAGCGUGUCAUCCUCGCCACCCUCCGAUGGGACACAGCAGCAGUGACUCCGCAGGACUUCCUCCCACAUUUUCUUGCCUCCGUGGAGGAGCGAGGAGAUGGAGACAGCGGCGACUCUGAGGAGGCGCUGCUCUCCACCCUGCGGCGGCACAGCGACACGCUGGCCGCCAUGUGUGCCUGCGACUCCCGCUUUCUGGGAGCCCCGCCGUCGCUCGUCGCCGCAGCAUCUCUGAACUGUGCCCUGCGGGGUCUGGGCAACAAGGGCCCCGCUCAGCUGGCUGUGAUUUGUGAGGCGCUGGCGGAGCUCUGUCAGGCUGACCUGGCAGUGCUGCAGUGCUACAGUGAUAUGAUCGAAUAUUCCCUGCGGCAGCGGCUGAGGAGUGGCCUGCAGCAGGGCCCCAUGGAGAAGGAGGAAGAGGUGGAGAACGAGAGACCCGGGACACCUACAGACAUGAGGGAGAUUGAUUUCUAAACACCGAAUCAACGGUUGCAUUGGAAGUGUGAAUCAAUCAAAAACCUUACAUCAAAGUCCAUCAGUCAAACUGAUAUAAAUUGAUCAAGACCUCAAAAUGCUCUGGCAUGUCUUGAUAUUUUUAAAAAUUACUUCAUUGAGUGACUGUUAAUUUAUUUUUUUAAAUUUUAUUUAUUUGUGAACAAUUUUGCAGCUAUCUGUUUUGCAUGUGCCAUAUUUUAUUAUCUAUUUCUAUUAAUUUUAUUGUAUGCCUAGAUGUUAUUUUUGUUGCACAAUAUUUAUACCCUUUAAUUUAUUAUCACGUGCAAUUGUUGGCUCUUUCUAUGUUAAUUUAUUUCAACUUGCCAUGACUUUGUGUUUGUGUGUGGAAUUAAAUAUACAACAGAUCUA